AUGGAUUUCGCUGGCGGCUUCCCUAAGCCGACGUCGUUUCGACUGGCCCAGCUGGCACAAGACGCAUAUGACCUCCCUCUGAAGCUCUUCAAGCAAAAUGACAGCCCCGAGACGCAUCCAUCUUUGGCAUAUCUAUGCCUGCUUGUUUUCGAGGCGGUCUUGGAGGUAGUGUGCGUUAGCUUACCCGGGUACAUUAUUGCUCGAUUGGGUCAUUUCGAUGCCGAUAAGCAAAAGUUCUUGGCCAACUUGAAUGUUAUGCUGUUCACGCCAUGCCUCAUUUUCACGAAGCUUGCGUCACAGCUAAACGCCGAGAAGUUAUCCGAGCUUGCGAUCAUCCCCGCCAUCUUCAUUGUCCAGACUGCUGUAUCCUGGGUCGUAUCCGUUCUUGUGGCCAAAGCCUUCCGAUUCAAUAAGCGAGCAUCCAACUUUGUCACUGCCAUGGGAGUCUUUGGAAACUCGAACUCGCUUCCCAUCUCCCUUGUUAUGUCAUUGUCGCAGACCAUCAAGGGUCUCCAUUGGGACAGGAUACCAGGUGACAACGACGACGAAGUUGCUGCUCGAGGUAUCUUAUAUCUGUUGAUUUUCCAGCAACUCGGUCAACUCGUGCGCUGGAGCUGGGGUUACCACGUUCUGCUGGCACCCAAAGACAAGUACCCCGAGUACCAAGCCGACAUUACGGAGGCUGGGCAACAGCCGUAUCGCGAUGACCCUGAAGAUGAUGAAAAUCGUGACAUUAUGGAUCGUCUCGAUGGCGACACGGAAGAGGAGGAAGAGAACCGAAGUGUCGACUCCCGUGAUUAUAUUCCCGCAGGUCGAACUCCUGUUGCGGGUGCAUCUCAUGCGUCCGUGACGGACUCUAGUGACGACGAGGAACUGCUUGCACCCAAGAAAGCCAAGGCAACCUAUUCAACGUUUGUUCACACGCAGAAUGGCGUCACCAAUCGGAGCGACAUCGCCGCCCGCUUUCCUCACGUCCGCAGUGAUGUGGAUGAAGAAAGCUCUGCAUGGGCUCGUUUCCAGGCGUACUGGGACAGUGCGAUCCAGCGAACCUACAACGCUAUGCCUCGCCCGUUCCAAAUCAUCGCAAGUUUCUUGAAGCGUGCUACUGUGAAAACAACGACAUUUGUGUGGGAAUUCAUGAACCCUCCUUUGUGGGCCAUGCUUUUCGCUGUGCUCGUCGCCUCCAUCCCGUCGCUUCAGAAGCUGUUCUUUGAGGAAGGAACCUUUAUCAACAAUAGUGUCACAAACGCUGUAAAGUCCAGCGGCGGAGUUGCGGUUCCUUUGAUUUUGGUCGUCCUCGGCGCAAAUCUGGCACGAAAUACCAUGGCCCGCGACGACACCCAUGACCCCGAGGAAGAGCAGAUCGGAACCAAGUUGCUUGUUGCUUCCCUCUUGAGCCGCAUGCUCCUCCCUACCGUCAUCAUGGCUCCAAUCCUAGCCAUCACCGCCAAGUACCUUAGCGUCAGCAUUCUAGACGAUCCAAUUUUCAUCAUCGUCUGUUUUCUUCUCACUGGUGCUCCAAGCGCUCUUCAGUUGGCACAGAUUUGCCAGAUCAACAUGGUUUUCGAGAAGACCAUGGGUCGUAUCUUGUUCCAGAGCUAUGUCAUCUGGAUUCUUCCGUCUACUCUUGUCCUUGUCAUGAUGGCACUCGAAGUGGUCGAGUGGGCCAAGUAA